UCCAUAGGUCUUGAAACCAUACAAACUAGGUUUUUUUAAUAAUAAAAAUUGUUUUACCAAUUUACAAUUUCUGAUUGUGGAAAACAACUAGGCACUUGUCGUGUAAUGUAAAAAUAAGUAAUUCAUCGCCACGUCUGUAUCAUGUCAAAUUACAAAGUUUUCAAAAUCUAAAUAAAAAUAAAUACAUUUUGUACGGAAAAUGUAUAUUAUUUUUAUAAAUAAAAAUGUAAAGAAUUCAAAACUGUGAAAAAAUAAAACACACAAUUGUUGUUCACAAAAAGAUUAGUUUUAAAACCGAACUUUAAAGCUUGAAACAGUUAUAGAACUUUUUCAAAGACUACCGUUUUAUGGUAAAUUGAAUGUAGGUGCAAGUUUCAAUUAUAAAAGCUAUAGAAAUUCAAAAACAGUUAGCAAUCAAAUAACAGUUAAAACAAAAGUUAAUAAAAAUACAAGUUUUAUAUUAUAAGAGUUGAAAGUGUAACUUUACUUUUUUUUAACUAAAGGUUAACUGUUAAAAAUACUAAUCUGCUUAAAACACUAAAAAUAGUAUGCCUACGUAAAAAAAAAUGUAUAUUUGAAUUUUAGAAAAAACAUAAAAACGACAACUUUAACCUUCUUGUUUUAUUAAUAACACUCAAUUGUUAUGAAUGUACGGAUAUGUUUCGUGAACCUACUUGCUCUUGCGUUUCUAUUGUAAACUUGGCGCAGGCUAAACAAUGUAUCGAUUCAACGGUCUUGACUCCCACCUGCGUGGUGUUGGGUUAGGUUAAAAAACUGUAAAACCGUAACUAUACAAACACAAUAACAUACAUGCGGCCUGUACCUGAGUGGUGACCGAAUAAGCAGCUUGGCAGAGAGCUACUAAAUUCAAUAUGGACCACACGGCCGUGGGGAUGUACACGUAGUCGGCGGAAUUCCGCUGUUCGUCUAUGCACAACACAAUAAUGCCAUACAGGGAUUGGACAAUGACUAUGGACAGUAUGAAGAAGUUGAACUCGUGCAGUCCGUUGCCUAUCCAAGUGAUCUGGCCGGUCAUGCUGGACAAAUGUUGCCACAAUUCGGUAAAACGCAUUAGCCGUGUCCCAGCGGCCAAGCUGCAGUUCUCCUGGUCCGACAUCAUGACCUCGAAACCGUUCGAUGAGACGCUCUGAAGCUUUGGUCAAAAGAUGACAGUCGACCAUCCACAGUAUGGUACUGAAGUUUGUGUAGAAGUAUAACAGCAGAUAAAAGAAUACGUAGGACGGAUACUUCUGUGAAGUCAACGCCACGUUUGCGGCCACUUCAAGUACAGUCACGGCAAGUCCGAUCAACGUCAAAACCGUAAUGGUCGUUGUAGAACUUAACGUUAACUCCGUUCCGGUGUAUUUCUCGAACUGCGACUGAAAAACCGCCGUCAAAUUAUAUUUUUAACCAGUGACGUGCGGUAUGACAUACUACUACUCGUCCAAUUGUGGCUAUACCUUAAGCUUUUAGGUAUAACCAAACAAAUUUCUAUACCUACUGAAGAUUCAACAACAUAAUAAUAUAGGUACUAACUUGUCUCACUAGAAAGUCCUACAAUAUUAUUAUCCCGUAAUAGAAGGACAAUGAUUAAAAUUGUAUUCUAUAGUUUCAAGAAGAACUGUAAAACAAUUUAAACCAGGGGUCGGCAAAAGGCGGCCUGUGGUCCGAAUCCGUACUGCGGAGGAGAAAUUAAUGGACCGCCAAAAAUAUUUUACUGUUGUCGUAUACAGUAAACUUUAACUCUUAAAAAUGAGACACUAAAGUGAAAAGCAGAAUAACAUCAUCGUUCAAUAGUUUUACUGAGAAAAUCGUGCACAGACGAGAAGGAAAAUGAUCAUUAAUAUCGAACAAGGAGCUAUACAAGGUCAAUAUUAUAAGACCCGUCCGUCAAAUAAACCGUUUGUCAGUUUUCUAGGAAUACCCUUUGCUAAGCCGCCCGUCGGUGAACUACGAUUUAAGCCACCUGUCAAACACCCUGGAUGGACCGGAGUUUACAAAGCUUUUUCGAAAAAAAAAAAGUGCGUACAACUCGAUCCGGUUUCAAUGGAAAAAGUUUUUGGAAGCGAAGAUUGUUUAUACUUGAACAUAUUUGUGCCACAAGAAAUCAACGAAAAGAAACCUGUAAUGAUCUUUGUGCACGGAGGCGUAUUUAACUUCGAUUCAGGAUCGUCAAACUUAUAUUCUCCGGACUAUUUAAUCGAAGAAAAUGUAAUCUUGGUCACGUUUAACUAUCGCCUUAAUGUUCUAGGAUUUCUAAAUCUGGAUAUUGACGAUUGCCCUGGAAACAUGGGUUUAAAGGAUCAACUAUUGGCGUUUAAGUGGGUAAAAGAAAACAUAGCGGCGUUUGGAGGCGACGCUAAUAACAUAACAGUUUUUGGCAUUAGCGCUGGAUCAGUGUCGAUCCAUUGUCAUAUACUUUCUCCGUUAUCGAAAGGUGUGUUCCAAAGAGCUAUUAUGCAAAGUGGAUGUGCUUUUAAUCCUUGGACAAUAAAUUUGAAACACAAAAACGCUGCUCUCAAAUUAGCGGCGGAUUUGGGUUGUCCGUCAGAUGACCCUCACGAAAUAGUACAGUAUUUAAGAAGAGUUCCUUUAAACGACUUAGUAAAUGCUACUAAGGUUGAAUCUAUAAGUAAAGAACAAAGAGAAAUUUUAGUUUACCAAUUUGUUCCGACCAUUGAAAGCGAUCAAGUUAGUGAGAGAUUGAUAUCAGCCCAUCCUGAGGAGCUGUCGAAAACAGCCACAUCGAUUCCUUUAAUAUCCGGACUCACCGAUCUAGAAGGAAUGGUAUUCUUUGGAGAUCAUAGAAUUGGAAAAUUAAUACCUCCUUUACGUAAUGUCGAAGAAUUUAUUGAAUUUUUCAAAGGCGAUGUCAAAUCCGAUGAAGUCAAAAAAAGAAUCCGAUCGUUUUACUUUAAUGGUCACGAUUUAAAAACUGACAUUGAGAAUCUAGAGAGUAUUUGCAAGAUAACAGGCGAUGUGUUUUUCACCAGAGAUUUCCACAAAGGAUUCGUCCACUUACUGGAAAAAGGCAAUACGCCAGCUUAUAACUAUGAAUUUAAAUUUGACGGAGAAAUUAAUCUGAUAAAACGAUUUUUUUCUUCUAAAAAACCAAAUUUACGCAAGUUGAAAGGAGCGUGUCACGCUGAUGAAACGAGUUAUUUAUUCCUUGCUAAUUCGUUUGAAUUCACGCCUAAACCAAAUUCCAGAGAAUUAAGAAUGUGCAGGACAAUAUGUAAACUAUGGACCAAUUUUGCAAAAACAGGAAACCCGAAUUCGUCAGAUCUUAAAUUCAAAUGGGACUGUACAAGCUUGGAAAAUCCUAAACAUCUAUCGAUUGACGGCGACGAUACUCAUAUGGUCGAAGGCGAAGUGAACGGAGCCAGAGUAAAAUUUUGGAAAGACAUAGCCGAAUUAGUAAAAUUAAAUGAAAAGCUGUGAUGUGUUUCAAUGGCGGCUCGUAGGUAAAACAUUUGGUGGUGCAUAUUUAUAAAACAUAUUAUAAUUUAACUUUAUAGUAGUCAAUUACAUUAAAAUAAAAAAUUAAUUAAAAAUAUGUCUGUAUUUUGAAUUGCGACAUAAUAAUAAU